UAAGUGAGUGCACGCUAAGAAAAAGGGGUCUAAUUGCAACCUCCUCCCAAUGUACGCGCUGCGUGACUUUUCUACUUCCUCUCCCUAGAACUCCUUCCAUUUCAAACCCUGGAAUUCUAUCUGUUUGUUUCGUCCAAAUCGUUCCAUGGGAUUACGAAAAAGAAGCUUCGAUCUGGUUCCUUCCAACUCCCCUCGUGCCAAAAGAGAUAAAGAGAUGGCGGAUGAGAGAGAGGACGUCGAACUCGUACUUUGCUUGAAGUUCUACCUUCACUUCGUCAAUUGUGGUGAUUUUCGUGUGCAGAUUGUUAUUGAAUAUUCAGAAGAAUGGAGUUUACGGAUGCUUAUAAGCAGACUGGGCCCUGCUGUUUUUCUCCCAAUGCUCGCUACAUUGCUGCUGCAGUUGAUUAUCGUCUGGUGAUUCGAGACACUCGGUCAUUUAAGGUGGUGCAGUUAUUUUCAUGCUUAGAUAAGAUAAGCUACAUUUAGUGGGCCCUGGAUUCUGAAUACGUACUAUGUGGUCUAUAUAAAAGAACUACUAUACAAGUAUGGUCAAUAACUCAACCUGAAUGGACCUGUAAAAUAGAUGAAGGUCCAGCUGGUAUUGCUUAUGCUAGGUGGAGUCCUGAUAGUCGUCACAUACUCAAUACGUCAGACUUCCAAUUAAGAUUGACAGUUUGGUCAUUACUGAACACUGCUUGUGUACACGUAAGAUGGCCAAAGCAUCCUGUCAAGGGGGUUUCAUUCACCCGAGAUGGCAAGUUUGCUGCAGUAUGCACAAGACGUGAUUGCAAGGACUACAUUAAUCUGUUGUCUUGCGAUUCUUGGGAGAUAAUGGGUGUUUUUGCUGUUGACACAUUUGAUUUGGCUGAUGUUGAGUGGUCACUUGAUGAUAGUUCUAUCGUUGUAUGGGAUUCACUUCUUGAAUACAAGGUCCUGAUUUACACCCCUGAUGGACGGUGUUUAUUGAAGUAUCAGGCAUAUGAAAGUGGUUUGGGUGUCAAGAGUGUUUCAUGGUCUCCGUGUGGUCAAUUUCUUGCCAUUGGAAGUUAUGAUCAGAUGUUGCGUGUUGUUAAUCGCACAUGGAAAACUUUUGCUGAAUUCUUGCACUUACCUAAUGUUCGUGGUUCCUCUUAUGCAGUUGUCUUUAAGGAGGAAGACGAGCAGCCCCAGCUUGAUAUCACAGGGUUGCGUUCACUAGUAGAAAAAAAGACAUUUGUAGCAACCCAUUCACAACUCACGUGAUAACCGGUCGCUGCGAAAAGCAAAUGGUCAACGCGGGUCAACUGUUCAAUGAUAUUUUAGCAACCUUUAGUGGGCUCUGAACGCUGCGAAAUUAUAAAAAAAAUCCUCCACUGCAGAAUUGCUCCAUCGAUGGGGAAAGGCGAGAUGGAGCAGCUGACCUUUGAAUUGAACCAUGAUUCUUCCAGUUUGUUGCUUCACCUACGGCAAGAUAAUCUCUUUUCGAAUUGUUCAUUGCCGUCUUUUUCUAGGGUUUUGUCUGCAUUGGUUUGGGGGUUUUUCUAAAUCCCUAAUUUCUUCAACUUUUUUAUUAAUGGUUUUUUUUGUUAUUUUUUGUUUUUUUAAUGCUAAGUCUGUUUAUUUUGGGUUCAAACUGGUUAAGGCUAUUUGGAAUUCACUCGAUGUUUAUUUGUUAAAAUUUCAUAUAUUUGAAUAAAUCCCGUGCAAUUGGGUUGA